AUGAUACAGUUAGACAAAGGAUCAGAUCUUCCAGGUGAAAAAGACAAGAAGGAUGAGAAGUUCUCUACGGGAACCAAUCCGGAGAACGGGAUCUCGCACCUCCUGAGGCUCGUGCUACAAGAGCUGAACCUGUUCUACAGCCGAGACGUGAACGGAGUGUGUCUCCUGUAUGACCUCCUCCACUCCCCGUGGCUGCAGGCUCUGCUCAAGGUUUAUGACAGCCUCCAGGAAUUCAAAGAGAAGAAGCUUGUUCCUGCCACACCCCAUGCACAGGCGUUAUCCUGCGAGGUAGUGAAGAUACUACAUGAAACCCCCAAGUCCCCUGAGAUCCAAGAGCUAAGACAGAUCCUCCAGGCUCCACACUUUAAGGCCUUGCUCAGUGCCCACGACACGGUAGCUCAGAAGGACUUUGAGCCCCUUCUCCCCCCGCUGCCAGACAAUAUCCCCGAGAGCGAGGAGGCAAUGAGGAUUGUUUGUUUGGUGAAGAACCAGCAGCCCCUGGGAGCUACCAUCAAGCGCCACGAGAUGACAGGGGACAUCCUGGUGGCCAGAGUCAUCCAUGGUGGGCUGGCCGAGAGGAGUGGGCUGUUAUAUGCCGGAGACAAACUGGUGGAAGUGAAUGGAGUUUCCGUUGAAGGACUGGACCCUGAGCAAGUGAUCCACAUUCUGGCCAUGUCUCGUGGCACAAUCAUGUUCAAGGUGGUUCCAGUUUCUGACCCUCCUGUUAACAGCCAGAAAACGGUGUAUGUCCGUGCCAUGAUCGAGUACUGGCCCCAGGAGGACCCCACCAUCCCUUGCAUGGAUGCCGGGCUGCCUUUCCAGAAGGGGGACAUCCUCCAGAUUGUGGACCAGAAUGAUGCUCUCUGGUGGCAGGCCCGGAAAGUCUCUGACCUGGGUACCUGUGCUGGCCUAAUCCCUUCUAGCCAACUUCUGAAGAGGAAGCAACGGGAGUUCUGGUGGUCUCAGCCGUACCAGUCUUACAACCACCUCAGAUCCACCAUCUCGAUUUCUAUGGAAGAAGAUGAUGACAUGAAGAUUGAUGAGAAAUGUGUGGAAGCAGAUGAAGAAACAUUUGAAUCUGAGGAACUUUCAGAAGACAAGGAGGAAUUUGUUGGCUAUGGUCAGAAGUUCUAUAUUGCGGGUUUCCGCCGCAGCAUGCGCCUGUGCCGCCGCAGGGCCCACCGAAGCCAGCUGCGCGCCCAGGGGUGCGGCGCCGGCAGCUGCGCCGGCGCGGUGGGCGCCCCGUACGAGGAGGUGGUGAGGUACCAGCGACGCCCCGCCGACAAGCACCGCCUCAUCGUGCUCGUGGGACCUUCUGGUGUUGGAGUAAAUGAACUGAGAAGACAACUUAUUGAACUUAAUCCUAACCGCUUUCAAAGUGCCGUGCCACAUACUACUCGUUCCAAAAAGAGUUAUGAAAUGGAUGGUCGUGAGUAUCACUAUGUGUCAAAGGAAACAUUUGAAAGCCUCAUGUACAGUCAUAGGAUGCUGGAGUAUGGGGAGCACAGAGGCCACUUGUACGGCACCAGUGUUGAUGCUGUUCAGGCAGUCCUUGAUGAUGGGAAGAUCUGUGUUUUGGACCUAGAGCCUCAGGAUAUUCAAGCGGCUCGAACCCAAGAACUGAAGCCCUAUGUCAUAUUUAUAAAGCCAUCUAACAUGAGUUGUAUGAAGCGAUCUCGGAAAAAUGCCAAGAUUAUUACAGACUACUUUGUGGACAUGAAGUUCAAGGAUGAAGAUCUACAAGAGAUGGAGGAUUUAGCCCAAAAAAUGGAGACUCAGUUUGGCCAGUUUUUUGAUCAUGUGAUUGUAAAUGACAACUUGCAAGAUGCAUGUGCCCAGUUGCUGUCCGCAGUUCAGAAGGCUCAGGAGGAGUCUCAGUGGGUACCAGCAACAUGGGUUUCCUCUGAGACGGAAUCUUAAAGAGGCCUUCUGCUUAAUACUGGAAUUUUAACAAUGUUCAUCUGUUCCCUAGAGCUGGAAAAACAGCUAUAAUCUAAAACAUCAGUGUCAUAUUUGCUCUAUUAUAAUACGUGCAGCUGCAAAAGUGCUGCAGUUUGUUCAUCUUAUUUGAAAGAAAUUUGUAUAAUUAUGUAGAGUAAUCUAUUUGGAUUUCAGGGGAAAAAAAUGUUUUCCUUUACCUUAUAUGCAGCAAUUGUUAGGGAACAAUGUUAAGUCACUGAGUAUGAGGACUUUUCAUAGUUUUCACAUGGCCUUUGUGUUAUUCAGAUAAAAAAGAGCUUUCCUAAAUAAAAUACAUUCUAUUUAACUUCAGAAACUGUAUUUUGCCUUAUGAAACUUGUUUUAUAAACAUUGAUUUUUCAAAAAGUACCCAGUUUAACUGCAAGAAGGAAGGAUUAAUACACAAAUCACCUCUAACACCAAAACUUAGAGAAACAGCACUGCUCUCAUUUUACACAUUAAACUACAAGGAAAAAUUAUUCUUUUGAUCAGGGCUGUAGCAAUCAUUAAUUUCCCCCCCAAAUCCAGUAUCUACAUUUAUGCCUAAAUUAGGAAAGAGCAAUGAAUUUUAGUGCUAAACAGAAACAUCUGAGUAAACAAGGGGAUGAGGAUGUUAUUCCACGAACUCGGAGACUUCCAGUCGCUCUUCCUGCCCUUACAUAUGUUCACCUUCCGGCUCACUCCCGUGUUGUUCAGUCGCUCAGUCAUGUGGACCCCAUGGACAGCCAGGUUUCCCUGUCCUUCACCAUCUCCUGGAAUUUCCUCAAACUCGUGUCCACUGAGUCGGUGAUGCCAU